UUGAAUUUCCAUGAAUGAGAGCUCGUGCGUCGUCUGACGUCGCGACGCGAUGCGACGCUUAGUUGAGUCUAAGCCACUGGACCACUAACUACGAAAGCCAAAGCUUGGAAUAGCCCCAGCCCGCCCCCAACUGGAAGCAUGAUCAAUACUCACUGGAGACGACACCCACUCUCCGGCCUAACUCUGGCUGUGAUACUGACGCUGUUGGCUAUCCAGCAGCUGGCAGUCGGUGGCGAGGCCUCGGGCAGUCCGGGAGCAGCCGCAGCCAGUGCCUCCAACUAUCGCUUCGGGCUGCGACUCUCCUCCAGGCUGGGAAGGAGUCAGCCGAAUGUCAACGUGGCCGUCUCCCCCGUCCUCGUGCAGGCGGCUCUCGGGCUGCUGUAUGCUGGCACCGAUCCCGACUCCGCUGCCGCCAGGGAACUACGCGAUGCUCUCGAUCUGCAGCAUGCGGGAAGCCCGCGACAGGCCCUCAGUGGACUCCGGGAACUGCUCGCAGAACUGAAGCAAUCCUCUGCCGUGGGCUGUCGGCUGCGUCUCCUCAGCGACUUCUAUACCCUGCAGCGCUUCACCUUCAACUAUCGCGACGAGUUCCAGGCGCUCGCGGCCCAAAUGGGAGUCGGCAGCCAUCGCCUCGACUGGGAGACCCCCGCUAGCGCCGCCCAGGUCAUCAACUACGACUUCCUUAGCCGCAGCAACUACAGCGUGGGAGAGUUGGUUAGCGCUUCGCAGCUCGAGACCAUCUCCGACCACGACACGCCCUUCCUGCACGUGUCGGCGGUGACGUUCCGGGCACCCUGGGCCCAGAGCUUCGACCCGGACGAAACGCAGCGCAUCAAUUUCUUCAGCGAGGGACAGCGGCCCAAGCUGGUGGAGGCCAUGUUUGGCCAGCAUCGCUUUAGGUAUGCGGAGGUAGCUGCUCUGGACGCGGAGCUGAUCGAGCUGCCCUUUGCCACAGCCGAUCUGCGGCUGCUCCUCAUCUUCCCGAGGCGGGCCGAUGGCCUGCCGGAGCUGGAGCAUCAGCUGGGGAAGUACGAUCUGCAGUAUCUCAGGGGACAGUUGCAAGAGCGCAAGGUAGCCCUCACACUGCCCAAGUUCCAGGUGUUGGUGCACGUACAGCUCGCCAAGGUUCUGAAAGAGUCCGGCCUGACGAGACUCUUCACAGCGGAGGCUCAGCUGAGCGAAGUCUUCAGUUCGCUGCUUGCCAGCUCGGCCCCCCAUCUGGGCGAGAUGGCCCAGAGCACGCUGCUGGAGCUGCAGGAGGAGGGCGGCUCCGCCGGCGACUCGUUCUCCUUUGGGGAUCUGUUUCGACGCGCCCUGCCCCUGGUCAUCAAUCAUCCGUUCUUCUACGCCAUCGGCAAUGACAAGACCCUGCUGCUGGCCGGCCACAUCGUCGACAUCUGAGUGCCCUCGGCCGCCUAAUGCAUAUUCACAUUCUGUUCAACGCGACUGACUCCAGCCUUUGGGGUUAUCGCCUUAUCAGUCCCUGAGUUGAGCUCAAAUCAGUUUUAGUUCAUAGCAAAUAAACGAAGACCGAAGUAAGCCAAA